AUGUCGGCAUCUACCCAGUUUUUCUGCCGUAUACCAAAAUCUGUUGAUUUGAUACAGGAUUACGAAGAAAUUACUACAUUCCCCAAACCAUCAUUAGAAUGCCGUGCUGCCUUAUAUUCACCAAAUGGAGAAUAUUUUGCAUACACUCAACCAAAUGAAGUUGUUGUGGUGAAAACCACCCCUACUGCUCCAUUGCAAACCAAGAUUGAAAUUUCAGAUACAUUUGAUAUUUUCUUCUCACCAAAUGGAACGUAUUUAUGUUUAUGGUGCAAGCCUAUAUUGUUAGACAAGGAAAGUGGAGUAUGGACUAAGAACGUUAAGAUCAUAAAUAUUAGAAGUGGUAAUAAGGUAAUUUUAGAAUGGUCAAACAAGCACCAGAGUGGAUGGAAACCACAAUUCACUGUUGACGAGAGAAUUUUAGCAAAGGGCAAUAACAAUAAAGAGAUUCACUUUUUUGAAUUACCGCAAGUUGGAGGUGGACCCGCAGCAUUAUUGAACGGCGGAACAAACAUACUGGGAGAACCAAUUGUAAACAUUAAUCAACCAACUCAUAAGUUUAAGCUGGAACGUAAUUUUGGUAACUUCCAAUUAAGUCCUGGUCGUAACCCUUAUAUUGCAAUUUUCAUACCUGAAAAAGAUGGCAAACCAGCUCAAGUUGUAAUUUACAAUAUUCCAAAUUUUAAUCAAUCAAUUUGCUCCAAGACAUUUUUCAAGGCUGACAGAUGUCAAUUGAAAUGGAAUUCAUUGGGUACUGCAUUAUUAGCAUUGGCAUCAACUGACCAUGAUACCACUAAUAAAUCUUACUAUGGUGAAACCAAUUUAUAUUUAUUAGGUAUUGCUGGAAGUUAUGAUUCAAGGAUUCAUUUGGAUAAGGAAGGUCCAAUUCAUGACAUUACUUGGUCACCACUGGCUCGUGAAUUUGGGGUUAUUUAUGGUUAUAUGCCAGCCAAGACAACAUUUUUCGACGCCAGAGGUAAUUCUAUUUAUCUGUUACCUCCAAGUCCAAGAAAUACUAUAUUGUUUUCCCCACAUGCAAGAUUUGUAUUGGUUGCCGGGUUUGGUAAUUUACAAGGUACUGUUGAUGUUUACGAUCGUCAAAACAAGUUCGCUAAGUUGACAACUUUUGAAGCUACGAACACUUCAGUAUGUGAAUGGUCUCCAUGUGGUAGAUUUAUCUUAACCGCUACGACGUCUCCUAGACUUAGGGUUGAUAAUGGAUGUAAAGUCUGGCAUGCUACUGGGAAACUAAUGUACAUGAAGGAAUAUCAAGAAUUGUACUCGAUCACAUGGAAACCUCAAGGUGUGCAAGAAUUCCCUCAGUUAAAAGUAUUAGAACCUGCUCCUGAACCACACCAUUCGACUAAGGAAUUUUUAGAGAAAAAGAAGGCUAUUGAAGCCACAUCUUCAUCUAAACCCGCUGGUGCAUACCGUCCACCACAUGCUAGAAGAGGUGGAUCAGAAACUACGGUAGAAAGAACUUCAUUGUACCAAAAGGAAUUGGCUGCAAAGGGAGAAGCUGGUAGCACUUAUGCACCACCAGGAUUUGCAAGUAGAUCAGUACCUGGAGCAGCUGUACCGGGCGCUGCAUCCGCAGCCAAACCAGAAUCCAAGUCAGCCGCCAAAAAUAGAAAAAAGAGAGAAGCCAAGAAGAAAGAAAAUGAUACACCAGAACCAGCCUCUGUUACUGAAACUGCUACCCCAGUUGUAGUAGCAACACCUGUUCCAGCAGCCUCAGCAGCCUCAGCAGCCUCAGCAGUCCCAGCUGUCGAAGCUGGAAGUGUCAUCGGAGGAGUUUCUUCAAUGGAAGAUAAGAAAGUUAGAUCUUUAUUGAAAAAGUUAAGAGCCAUUGAGCAAUUGAAAAUGAAACAAGCAUCUGGCGAAUCGUUAGAGGAUACUCAAGUUUCCAAAAUUCAAAAAGAAGACGAGAUUAGGAAGGAUUUAGAAGCUUUAGGAUGGACUGAAUAG